AUGCGAUUCAACCAGCUCGUGGAGCUGACCUCCGCCCUCUCCGAAGCCGAUAAGGACACCAAGGAAAAAGUAGAAACCGCGGAGAUUCUGUCGCUACUCGGGUUCGCGGGCGGAAGCCGCAAGAACGAGUCCACCGCCGCCACCCAGACCACACAGCAGCCGACUGGUCGGCCGGCGGCUGCCGCCAUCACGCGCUCGAUUCCGCAGCAGCAGCAGCUGCCCCUGCCCUCGAUCCAGCACAUCGCGGUUCAGCCGCAGGUCGUGGCUCAACAGCCGAGGCAGCAACAGCAGGCCAUCCGCCCGGCCGUGGCGAAGCUUCCGAUCAAGCCCGUCGCCGUGCCCGUGCUCCCCGCUGCGGCCACUGCCACCAAGAGCGCGGCGACCACCACCGCCACCAGAGCCGGCGCGAGGUCCGCCACGCAUGGCGUCGAAGGCGAGAGGAAGCGGAAGAGGUCGAAGACCACGCCCGAGCAGCUCCGCAUCCUAAUGGACGAGUUCCAGCGCGAGCCGAUGCCCAACGCCACCACACGCCAGACGCUGGCCGCGCGGCUCGACAUGACCCCGCGCAGCGUGCAGAUCUGGUUCCAGAACAUGCGGGCCAAGGUCAAGAAGGCCAACAGCGGCUCGGCGCCCGGCGACGAGAAGAAGAGCAGCAGCGGCAGCACCACCAGCCCUUCGCUGGCCGACACCGAGUCCGACGGCCCUGCGAAGAAGCGACAGAGGACCGUCACCGGCGAGGAGGACAACAGCAGCGAUAAGAUGACCAUCGAGCAGCAGCCCCAGAGCCGGCGAAACAGCGUCACUGGUCCCUCGCCUUCGUCGACGCCGGUGGCGAUCCCCGCGCCUCAGUCGAGCGCUGCGCUCAAUGCCAAGACCGCGCAGCAGCAGCAACCCAUCAAGAUCGCCGUGAGCCCGCAGACUUCGGCCUUCGCGCCGGCCAACGCAGCCUCGCUGGCCAAGCCCCGAUCGGCCGAGACCACCACCGGCAAGCUCCCGCUGCCGGUCAUCCAGCACCAUCCGCACCUCGGCCAGCCUAUCUUCGGUGUGCCCCUGCAGUACAUCCCGCAGUCGUACCACUGCGACCAGCUCAAGCGGGCCACCAUGGCCGCCCUCUCCGGUUCGGUCCAGCAUCAGAUGACCGCCUGA